GCCUCCCAUUCCACGCUCGCUUUGCUCCUCCGCUCCGCUCUUUUUCUCUACCUUUUACUUCUCCUCCCCGCCCACGCUUCCUCCUCGUCGCAUCGCAUCUCCGCCGCUUUCUUUCCCCGUCCCUUCCCAAGCUCCCUUCACCACCACCGCAGCCGAUUCGAUCGCAUGGCGUCCCCGGCGCGCCCUGCCUCCAUCUCCGGCCCCUUCGGCCUCUCCGCCGACCUCGCCCGCUGCUCCUUCGACCAGACGCUCCGACGAGAGGAUUACCAGGACAACAGACUGCUGCGAUCGCUUGUUAGCAUGCGGGAGCAAGAGAGUUUUUCCAAGGAAAUCGUGACGGAAGCUAUAGAGAACUGCAUGAAGAAGCAAGCGGAGAAUCUGGUGAAUUCGCUGGAUGUCAUCAGCGGAAGGCUGUCGCAGCUGGAGCUGUACUGCUAUAAGCUUGAAAGGUCCAUCGGAGAGCUACGGAGCGACGUGAUGGAUUACCACGGCGAAGCAAAUGUCAACUUCAGUGGCCUUGAAAAGCACAUCAAAGAGGUUCAGAAAUCUGUACAAGUUCUGCAGGAUAAGCAAGAGCUUGCUGAAACUCAAAACGAAUUAGCUAAACUUCAGUUGGUAUAUGAUGACACUGCACAAAAGAGUGAAGGUACUGCCCCAUCAGUUUAUAUGGCCAAGGAAAAUGAUGGCAGUUACCCAGGUGCAAAACACGAGCUUGCCCUUGUACCGCUGCACCAAGUAAAUGCUAUGCAGCCUCCUGCUAUGCAAUUUCAAAGUUGCAAUGGGCUUAUUCUACAGCAACUUGUGCCUGUCUCUUUGAGCACCCAACAAAACCAGCAACACUUGGACCAAUCAACUGUUUACUGUACACAACAUCCAAGCCAUCCUGAGCUCAGGCAGGCCCAAACAUUUCAACCUACACAACAGUCUGUGCAGACACAGACCCAAAAUCUUCAGCCACAGAAUGUAAUUGAGGCACCUCCCAUGUCUAGCCAGGCACCAGGGUUCUACCUCCAAGCUCAGCACCAAUGGCCACAUCAAACUGUCCAGGAUGUUCACUCACAGGCAAGGCAACCAGAACUACAUGUGGCACAACAACAGCAGUAUCACAACAUACAACAAGUUCCAGCUCAGAGAGUUCAGGUGCAAACAUCUUCUCCACAGGCCCCAAGUGCACCUCAGGUCACUCUAUUCUAUCCUCCAUAUGGAUCUCAACAACCUGCAUGUGGUAACACUGAGACGCUUUCUAGAGGCAUGGUUGUGCAGCCUUCCUACUCUACGAUUUCUUCGUCCCAGCGAAAGCACCAUGAAAAUGCUCCUAUUUAUGUUCAAAGCAGCGCCAUUUCAGUUCCAAUGGCAGAACAUAACCUCCAGCACCAGCUGACGCAGCAAUUUCAUUUGCCUGGCAAUGGUUCAUUUGCACCUCAGCCAAGCAAGGUUGAUCUACGUGGUGCUGCACCAUACUCAGUACAGGGUAGUACACAGGCCUACAACACUGUUUAUGGAAGCCCUCCCAACAACGCUGCUACUUUUGUUGCUGUCCUUCCUCAACAGGCACAGGUCAGUGCUCCGAUGAUGCUUCAUCAUUUAGGACCUCAGGGUGUGCAGAAUCAUCCUGUAGACAUGGCUGAUAAGGCUGCUCGAAUGGGUUACCUGAAUGAUCAGGUCCGGAUGGUGACUGCUGGCCAGCCUGUAGAGUUCAACGCCUUCCAUGACGGGCUGAGCUCUGUUGGCAAUGCCUGGUCUGGGUAGUUGACCAUGAAGAAGUUGGGAUGGAAUCACUUCAUCCGCUCUUGUUACUCGUCCGUGGUGACGAUCUUAUUAUCAUGGAAAGCUAUUCAGCGUUCCUACGGUAUUGGCUCUGGCAUCUUUUAUCAGCCAGCAGAUUGGUACGUAUCCUCCUCCAGCCUACUUUUUUCAGCUGGAUGAGCGUGAUGAAAUAAGCCUGCUAGGUUAGCCGAGUGAUGAUUGUUGGCAUUUGUCCUACCUUUUAUUGGACACUUAUGCUUGUAACCUGUUGUGGACCUGCACUUGCAUGUUUGCGAUAUGAAAAUAUGAGAAAUUUGUUGGUUUUGA